CUCCCCUACUCCGCUCCCCUCCACGCGCAACCUCAGGACCCCAUGGAGCCCCCGGUAUGCAGCGCUCAUGUACCCGCUGAUGGCCCUCCGACAAUCGUCAUCAUGUGACACAUGCGACCAGCGAUAUAAAGGACUCGUCGCAGUGCCAUUCCUCCCGCCAACACACCAUGACCGAGUCGCUGAUUGCAAGUGGGGCCGCACGCGCGGUCGCAGCCAUCACCUCCUUAUCGCUCCUCCAAGUGACGGGCUACCUCGUCCUGGGUGUUCUAGUUGGCCUCGUCGGCACAUGGGCAUACCUCUACCCUUACGCCGCGUACUUCAGCUCGAGCCGCAAUCUUCCCGGCCCGCCCAGCGAGCACCCCAUCGCAGGCAACCUUCUGUAUGUUCUGCGCCGUCAGCACCCGCGUCCCGUCUACCAGGCCUGGAUCGACAAGUAUGGCCCGACGGGGAGGAUCCGCGGCCUGCUCGGGGUCGAGAGAAUCUACACCUCAGACCCGGCCGUCAUCUCGCACAUCUUCCAGCACGCCGACAUGUGGCCCAAGAGUAAGAGCACGAACAUCAUGCUCCGUCGUAUGCUGGGCAACGGGCUCAUUACCGCUGAGAGCUCCGACCACCGCCGCCAGCGCCGCGUCCUCAACCCCGCCUUCUCGCCGCGAGCGGUGCAUGAGAUGGCGCCGAUAUUCUUUGAGAAGGCGCGCGCAGUUCGCGAGAAGUUUGCCCAACUCCUUGAGGAGUCGGCCACGACGCGUGACCGCGUAGUGCUCGUCGACACGGACGCAAUGCAGGCCACAGACAACAAAGGCGGCAAGAUCGACGUCGGUCUCCUUAUGGAGCAGGCCACGCUGGACACGAUUGGCGCCGCCGGCUUCGACUACGACUUUGCGACGCUGUUCUCGCGCAGAAGCGAGCUCCUCGACGCCUUCCACUCAGCUGUCAAGGCGUUGCAGGCAAGUGCCCUCAUUAGCGCCCUCCAGAACCGUUUUGUGCUCUUCAACGCCCUCCCCACGCCCGGCCUGAAGCUGGGCCGCGCUAGCCGUGCCACAAUGAACCGCGUGGGCGACCGCAUUGUCGCGGAGAAGACGCGCGCCAUCACAAACAUGGGCAUCGAGAAGGAUACGGACCUCGCCACCGCCGACCUGCUCAGCCGCCUCAUCCGAGCUAACAUGGCUGUUGACCUCGAGGAGCGUGCGCGCCUUAGCCACGCCGAGGUGCAGGCGCAGAUCUGCACGUUCAUCUUCGCUGGCUCCGAGACGACGGGCGUCGCCCUUACUUGGGCGCUGUAUCGCCUCGCAACGGACAAGGCGAUGCAGGAUCGCCUGCGGGCCGAGCUCGUCACAAUCAGCGAGAAUCCGGAUCUUGACGAGAUUCACUCAUUGCCUUUCCUGGAGAAGUUCACGCGCGAAAUUCUGCGCAUGGACUCGCCCGUCCCGGCCGUCGGCCGUGAGCCAGCGGCUAAGACGACGCUUCCCCUCUCGCGUCCGGUCCGAGGCCGCGACGGGAAAAUGAUGGACUCAGUGGUGGUCGACAAGGGAACCGAGGUGGUGAUCCUCGUCGGAAACGUAAACCGCGACCCCGCGAUCUGGGGGCCCGAUUCGAACGAGUUCAAUCCUGACCGCUAUGACCGUCCCCCGCUCGCCUCGGUGCCGGGUGUGUAUGGCAACCUGCUCACAUUCAUUGGUGGGCCGCGCAACUGUAUUGGGUGGCGCCUUGCGCUUGCCGAGUUCAAGAUCAUUCUCUUCACCCUGUUGCGCGCGUACGAGCUGGCAGAGGUGCCUGGUACGACGUUGCACAGCGAGACAACCCUGGGCAUCAUGCGCACUCGCUCAAACGAAGAGGGCGUCGUGGUGCCCCUGCUAGUGCGCCCCGUUGGCGAGUAGGCCUAGGUAGGCAGAGUGUUGUAGAUUUAAGGAUGCAGCCGUCUGAAGUGUCU